AUGAUUAAAAUAUUUGUUACUUUGGCUGUUUUGGUUGCUAUAGUCCAAUCUUCACCUGCACCACAAAAUGAACAGUUUCCUCCAUUGUUUACAUUUAAUAAUGGAAGAGUCGGUGUAAACUUUUUGGGCUACAAGGCCUCAGCUGGGCUUGGUGGACUUCUUACCGGAAAUGCAGCUGAUGGUGGACUUCAUGCAUCCGCUGAAACUCCACAUGGACAAAGAGCUGGAGCCGGCUUGGGUGGAGUUGUUGAUGGAAAUGGAAAAACUGCUGGAGGCCUCUACGCCGGAGCCACUGCUGGUAAUGGAAUUUAUGCCAGAUCCGGAAUUGGCGGUGUCGUUGAUGAAACCGGAUCAUACGGGGGUUCGUAUGCCAGUUCGUCCAAUGGUGGAUUAGUUAAAGAAGUGAGAAAAUACAAAGAAAAGUCUGUUGCUCCAGUGACAUACCAAAAGGAAGUGCAUACGGUUUCAGCUCCAGCUCCAGCUCCAGCUUACAUUGAAAAAACUAUCAGAGUACCUACUUACGUAGAAAAGACUGUGAAGGUACCACUUGAACAACCCGUUCAAGUUGAAACAAAAUUCAAGGAAGAAGUCAGACCAGGUUACAUUAAAGUAGUUCAAAAAGUAAAAACUCGCCCAAAUAAAGUUCAUCAUCAUCGCAAAUAUGUAUCCUACAACUCUGCUGCUUAUCCUGAACCAGUUCCAGCCCCAGCCCUAGGAUCUAGAAUUAAUGUUGCAAAUCAUGUUGCCGUAUCUAAAUCUACCAACCCUGAAUUUUAUGAUAAUAUCUUUAAUAUUCCAAUCUCAGCUUUGGGAGCAGUCAAUAAGUUUUUGAAUGGACUACAAGGGUCCACUACAAUUACAAAACAUGUUUCAUAUUAA